UGAUGAUUUACAAACGGCACUUGGGUUCUUUGGCGAAAUUACUCUUCUGGUACGACGAGAAUGGGCUCGGAUGAACUCUGGCUCGGAGCCAGUUACCUGGGAGUUAUGGUGUGAGCAGGAAUCAUUAAGAAGGGUCACAUAUUGCGUCUUCACGCUUACAACACUAAUCAACGUGGCAUACGAUAUAACUGCCCCCAUUAACCUCGAGGAUCGGUUUGGCAUGCCCAGCCAUGAGAGCCAAUGGGCGGCCAAAUCAGAAGACGAAUGGAACCGGUCAAGUCAGAGGCAUGCCAGUGCAGCGCCAUACUGCUCUGCUGCUGCGGUUGCUGAUGAUAUCAUGAGUGAUGAGGCGCAGAACAUCCCCAGCCGGAUCCCAGCAUUUGGCUGCCACAUCAUUGUCUCAUGUCUUGUGCAACGGAUCAUCCUGUUCCGCAAGGCGUCGCCUAAGGAUGACGCUGCGAGCGCCGCAAUGUAUCACCGCUUCCUGCGUGCUCUUCGGCGAUGGCAGAGGGUUUGGGAGCGGGAGCCGAGUGCCUCGCUCUCCCCAAGUAGCCCACACGGACCGAUGCUUUUCAACAGCACCGCACUUUUACGGCUGGCAUACAUGCGUCUAGUGACGGACUACUCUCCUGUUCGUCAGCAUCUUAGCUGGUGCGACUCCAUCGAUGUAAUUGAGGCGUCGAUUCGUGAGGUCAGCCAGCUCACUCGUGGACCAGAUGCCACAAGAGCGGCGCUUCAUGCAUGUCUUGCUCUGCGAGUCCCUGUGCAACUGGGGUUCAACGUUGUCGCGCGGACCAGUUUCUGGGGCUGGAGUGUGCAACAUCCG